AUGGCUCCCCAAAUGUCAUUGUCGCUUUCUGAUGGUGCUCUGAAGAUUGUCGAUGCUGAUGAGGAAUCAGGUUUCACCUUCUUCGGUUCCUCCUUUAUUGAAACUGGGUUCAGUAUUGAAGAGUUAAGAUGGAAAUUCUAUGAAAAAAGUGCUGCUGUUGGACCACCGCUUUCUGUCGAGAUCUCAAACUCUCCUCCUUUGGCUAUAGUCGGCCCUCAUCCUCACUCCGAUCGUUGGUCUUCUCCUCUAAUAGCGGACCAGGUUUUUUUUUUUGGGAAAGAUUCCCCUGAAAUCGUCAAACAACCUCCUACCUUGUUCCCUCCUAGCAUUGGGAAUGGCGAAUGUCCUAAUAAGGAAAGUCAAUCAAUACUCGAUGAGGGCAAUCCAUCUCUUUCCCCUGCUGAAGACCCCACAUGCAUUAAUUGCCCUCCAAUUGCAAGAAACAAAGCAUUUAUUCAUGUGUGUCUCCCCUUGAUACUCCAUCUUUACACGUGCUUGUGCCUAAACCCUUCCUUGUCUGUUUUCUAUGUCGAUUCUUCUAUCACUCAAAAUUCAGAUGAUUCAAUGGAUGAUAUUGGUGAGAUUCCAAUUCUAUUGGAAUGGAAUCAUGAAUUCCAAUUUUGUUGGAAUGGAAUCAUGAAUUAUAAUUCUGUUGGAAUGGAGUAUGGAUAUUUUCUCACUGAUUUAUGCAUGUUCUACAAUUAUUGGUUAUUGGUUUUGGUGCAAUUCACAAUUCCACAUAGUUUUCCAAAGGAAUUUAGUUUUUUAUUUUUCAUGUGCUAA